AUGAAUUUUUAUGUAACAACAAUAAAUAAUAUUUUGAAACGUCAAAGUAAUAAUGUUCUUCCAAAUUCCAAAAAACUUGCAUUCACUUCUUUAAUGAAAAGUUUUCAUUGUUCUGCUAAUUUAAGAAAUGUUUCUCCUGCAACGAAUUCUUCACAAAUACAUAUAUUACUUCUUGGUAGUCCGGGGUCAGGAAAAGGAACCCAAUCAUCUAGAAUAAAAAAAAAUUUUAACAUUUCUACUAUUUCAAGUGGUGACAUUCUUCGUCAGAAUAUAGCCCAUGGCACAAAAAUUGGUGAAAUUGCUGGAAAAGAAAUUGAACGUGGAGCAUAUGUUUCUGAUGAUAUUAUGAUUGAACUUAUAACCAAUGAACUUUCUACUCUUAAAAAUGAGAAUUGGCUGUUAGAUGGAUUUCCGAGGACCAUAAAUCAAGCAAUUGCUUUAGACAAUGACUUAAUCUUAAAUAAUCAGCCAUUGAAUAUGGUUAUUAAUCUUCAUGUGCCUGAAGAAGUUAUUUUGCAGAGAAUAAUCGAUCGAUGGGUUCAUAUAUCUUCAGGACGUGUAUAUAAUUUAAGUUAUAAUCCGCCAAAAAUACCUGGAUUAGACGACGUUACACGUGAAAGAUUAUCCAAACGUCCAGAUGACAAUCCAGAAGUAUUUAAGAUCCGGCUUCAAAAAUAUCAUGAGUUAACAGAGCCUUUGCUGGAAUAUUAUUCAAAACGUAACAUAUUGACAACAUGUAGUGGAUGUACAAGUGAUGAAAUUUAUCCAAAAAUUAAAUAUGAACUUAUUAAUAGAUUUGGGAUUGGUCAUUUAAUCAAAGAAAAGCUUCCCGAAGAUGAAAAUGUUUUAGAUGCUGUUAAUUUAAAUUGA